AUGUUGCGCAUCGCAGCGCUGGCAGGCGAGGCCGCCCAAGGCCUGACCUUGUGGUGGCAGCAUCCAGGACAACUCUCGUUCAACGCCGACGGCCAGUGGGGAAUUUUUGGUCACGAGUUUGGCGGAGUCAAGUCGAACUUUAUCUACAAGCACACGUGCGAUCACGCGCGCCGCCAGCCUGUCCGCACGGUUUGCGAGCUAGGGUUUAUGGCCGGUCAGUCGGCGACUAUGUUCCUCGAGGCCCUGCCGGAGGCGAGGGUGGUCUCGUUCGACCUCGGCGAUUGCGAGUGGACAAGGCCACAGGGCGACCUGCUACGAGCUGCGUACGGUCCUCGCUUUGAGCUGGUACUAGGGCUAUCCAAUUUCACUGCGCCGCGAUUUGCGGCGGAGCAUCCCGACCUUCGAUGCGACGUGCUUUUUGUGGACGGCGCAAAAUUCACCGAGUCGCGCUGGAGCGACCUUCUCAACUUUCGUCGCCUCACACAGCCAGGCGCCGCCUUGUUCUACGAUGAGGCCACCUCCUACGAGUGUGUAAAGGGCACUGUGCCGGAGGACGACCCAGCGUGCGUGGGCAUGGAGGGCGCAUCGCGCGCCUACAACCGUGCCGCCCGGCGCGGCCUCGUGCGGCCAACGGAGUGCGAGUGGGCGCCGCUGCGGCCGCGCGAUGGCAGCUGCAUCGCGCACUUCUUGUAG